AUGUGUGACGCGCGGAGGCGCGUGGCCGGCGACGCGCGACGCCACGCCCCCUUCUCCUUCCUCGCAGCCGCCGCCGCCACCGCCGCCGCCAGCAGCCCCACAGCGCCAGCGCCGGUCCCGUUAGCGCCGCGGCCCCGCGCCACCACCUCCGCCACCGCCGCAGUCGAGGAGGCUGCGCUAUGCAGCGAGCACCGCUCCGCCGCCAGGGCGCCGCCCUGGCGCUGCUCUCCGCCCUCGCCCUCGCCGUCGCCCUCGCCCCGGCCACCGCCGACGGCCCGCCCGCCAACGGCAGCCGCGUCACCUUCGGCGAAGAGCGCGCGCCCGGGGAAGGAAGGCAAGAACCUGCUGGACUGGAUCGGGCUGGGCACGGGCCCGGAGACGGACCCGUACCUGGCUGAGGCGAACGCGGCGUGCCUCACGGGCGACCUGGCCGAGUGCUUCAAGUCGCGCGCGCUCGCCUCGCUCGACGACUUCUUCGACCGCGACGCCUACCCCAUGACGGAGAACGCGCGCGUGGUGCGGCUGCCGCGCGCCCAGCUGCGCUCGCUGCACGCCGAGCCCUUCGAGUACUCGGUGGCCCCGCGCGCCGACGAGCCCGAGUGGGACAAGCUCGUCAAGUUCCUGCUGCGCCGCGCCGAGCGCUUCCUCAAGUCCACGGCGCUCGAGCUGCAGUUCCCCGCCGAGGUGACGCAGAGCGGCCGCUACUCGCCGCGCUUCAUCGACGAGAUCAACUCGGAGCUCGACGUCCUCGAGGACAAGACCGCCAGCCCCUUCUCCCGCAAGAAGCUGAAGCGUCUGUUUGUGCCGCUGCUGGUGAUCCUGAAGCUCUUCAAGUUGAAGCUGCUUUUGUUCCUGCCGCUCAUUCUCGGUCUGGCCUCCUUCAAGAAGGUGUUGGGGCUGCUGGCACUUGUGGUCCCAGGGCUCAUCGGCUUCUUCAAGCUCUGCAAACCUGACCUCCAACACAACUACGGCAGCUUCGGCCAUUCCUCGUACUACCACAAGCCGCCGUCUCCGCAGUAUUCGGUGUACCCUUCGUACGGAUCUCUUCACGGCAGCAGCGGCGGCGGCGGCUACUACGGCUCCCACUACGCGCGCGACGCCGCCCCGGCCGCCAGCGGCGCCACCGGCCUUCAGAGCAGCGGCGGCGGAGGGGGCGUGGCCUUCAGAGACGACGCGGCCGGCGGCGACGCCUACGACGCGCACCGCCUGGCCUACAGCGGCUACCACGACGCGCAGUUAACAAAAGAAAACUCUAGUAGUAAUCAAACACUCUCUUUUAAUAUACAAUUUCAAUUUUUUUUAAAUAUUAGCAUGCUUUUCUUUACUUUACAUUUAGAUAUCAUUUAUCCAUCACUGCAGCCCGAAACUGUUCUUCCAGACAAAGUGAACACGAUUCCUUAU